UCCCGCCAAAUCUCUCUCUUUUCUUCGUGUUCCCCUUCUCCACCCACCGCAAACCCUAGUUGGGAUCCCUCCUAAUUGCUCCAGAAGAAGGAGAAGGAGAAGGCGCUUUCAGAUCCUAUGGAUAAUUCGGAUAACCCACCGUCGACCCCCGGAUCGCCGGCCUCGGCGGGGUUCAGCACUGAUCGGCUGCCUCAUAACACGAGCCGCACAACCGAUUCCUACUCUGACGAUGACGAGGCCGCCGUCGACCCUCAUGUCUUUGUGGACGACGACGGUGGCGACGGCGAUGGUAACAAGGAGGACGAGGAAGGCGAGGAUCUGUACAAUGACAACUACAUGGAAGAUUACCGUCGGAUGGAUGAUCAAGACCGGUACGAGACGGUGGGGAUGGACGACUCCAUGGAGGAUGAGAGGGAUCUGGACCAAAUCAUGGCCGACAGAAGGGCGGCAGAGGUGGAACUUGAUGUGAGGGAUGGCCGCAAUGGUGGCAUCCUUGACCGGAAAUUACCCCAGAUGCUUUACGAUCAAGACAUGGAUGAUGAUAUCAACUUUAGACGUCCAAAAAGAUUCAGGGCUGAUUUUAGGCCACCAGCUGGUGGACGAAGUGAAGAUGACACUGAGGGUUCAACACAAAGCUCACCAGGAAGGUUCCAACGAGGACACUCAAGAGACGAUGUGCCAGUCACUGAUCAAACGGAUGAUGACCAAUAUGAGGAUGAGUAUGAUGGUGAAGAUGAUAUUAUGUGUCAUGUCCAAGGAACUCUAAGGGAAUGGGUCACAAGAGAUGAAGUUCGUCGGUUUAUCGCAAAGAAAUUUAAAGAUUUUCUUCUUACUUACGUGAAUCCUAAGAAUGAACAUGGAGACAUUGAAUAUGUUCGACUGAUUAAUGAGAUGGUUUUAGCUAACAAGUGCAGUCUGGAGAUAGAUUACAAGCAAUUCAUCUACACUGAGGCAAAUAUUGCUAUAUGGUUGGCUGAUGCACCACAGUCAGUGCUUGAAGUUAUGGAAGAAGUUGCCAAGAAUGUUGUCUUUGAUAUGCACAAGAACUACAAAAACAUUCAUCAGAAAAUUUUUGUCCGUAUAACUAAUCUGCCAGUAUAUGAUCAGAUACGUAACAUUAGGCAGAUUCAUCUGAACACAAUGAUUCGUAUAGGAGGUGUUGUUACUCGGCGAUCUGGAGUUUUUCCUCAGUUACAACAGGUAAAAUAUGAUUGCAACAAAUGCGGGGCUAUUCUUGGCCCUUUCUUUCAGAACUCAUAUUCAGAAGUUAAAGUGGGCUCAUGUCCUGAAUGCCAAUCAAAAGGACCAUUCACUAUCAAUGUUGAACAGACAAUAUACAGGAAUUAUCAGAAACUUACCCUUCAGGAAAGUCCUGGAAUUGUGCCUGCUGGUAGACUUCCAAGAUACAAGGAAGUGAUACUUUUAAAUGAUUUGAUUGACUGUGCUCGUCCUGGAGAAGAAAUUGAGGUUACAGGCAUAUAUACAAACAAUUUUGACUUAUCUUUGAAUACUAAGAAUGGGUUUCCUGUAUUUGCCACCGUGGUUGAAGCAAACUAUGUUACCAAAAAGCAAGACCUUUUCUCUGCCUACAAACUUACAGAUGAGGACAAAGCAGAGAUUGAGAAGCUGGCCAAGGAUCCAAGGAUUGGAGAAAGGAUCGUCAAAUCUAUUGCACCAUCGAUUUAUGGUCAUGAAGAUAUUAAGAUGGCUAUUGCACUUGCGAUGUUUGGAGGACAAGAAAAGAUUGUCCAAGGAAAACAUCGGUUAAGGGGUGAUAUAAAUGUACUCCUACUGGGUGAUCCAGGAACUGCAAAAUCCCAAUUCCUUAAGUAUGUUGAAAAGACAGGCCAUAGAGCUGUUUACACAACAGGUAAAGGAGCUUCUGCAGUUGGACUUACUGCAGCAGUUCACAAAGACCCAGUAACAAGGGAAUGGACCCUUGAAGGAGGUGCUCUUGUCCUGGCUGAUAGAGGAGUUUGCUUAAUAGAUGAGUUUGACAAAAUGAAUGAUCAGGACAGAGUGAGUAUCCAUGAGGCCAUGGAACAACAGAGCAUUAGUAUAUCAAAGGCUGGAAUUGUUACGUCACUCCAGGCCAGGUGCAGCGUCAUCGCUGCAGCAAAUCCAGUAGGAGGAAGAUAUGACUCAUCGAAGACUUUUACCCAAAAUGUAGAGCUGACUGAUCCUAUCAUAUCACGAUUUGAUAUCCUUUGCGUUGUUAAGGAUAUUGUUGAUCCUGUCACUGAUGAAAUGCUUGCAAGAUUUGUCGUGGACAGCCAUGCCAAAUCACAGCCAAAGGGUGCUACUCUUGAAGAUCAGCCUGCAAGCAAUACUCAAGAUGAACUUGCCUCUUCCAGACCAGUUGACCCGGAGAUUCUUUCUCAAGACAUGCUCAAGAAGUAUAUAACAUAUGCUAAACUGAAUGUCUUCCCUAAGUUGCAUGAUGCUGAUUUAGACAAAUUCAAACAUGUCUAUGCUGACAUACGUCGAGAAUCAUCUCAUGGUCAAGGAAUUCGAAUAGCAGUGAGGCACAUUGAGUCGAUGAUUCGAAUGUCAGAAGCACAUGCAAGAAUGCACUUGCGUAACUAUGUUUGCCAAGAAGAUGAGGACAUGGCAAUACGCGUCCUGCUUGAUUCUUUUAUCUCCAGCCAGAAAUUUGGUGUGCAAAAGGCUUUACAAAAGAGUUAUAGGAAAUACAUGACAUUCAAGAAGGAUUUCAAUGAAUUGCUCUUGCAUCUUCUGCGUAUACUUGUGAAGGAUGCAUUGCACUUUGAAGAAAUUGUAUCUGGGACAACUGCUCGUCUCACACACAUCGAGGUGAAGGUGGAAGAGCUAAGAAACAAGGCCCAGGAAUACGAAAUCUAUGAUCUGAAGCCAUUCUUCUCCAGUGCACAUUUCACAAGUAGCAAUUUCAUUUUGGACGAAAGUCGUGGGGUGAUCAAGCAUCCAUUGGCAAGAUGAAGCAUGAAAGGUUUCUUUUGUAUCUAGUUGAGUGCAGCAUGCAACUAAUUUUACUGGUAAUUUCAAGAGCAACCUCCUGGAUGGCUUCUUCUAAGGGCAGCUUCCCGGCCACUGUUAGUAGUGCUUGAAAGCUGCAUGAGCAGAUUAUACAGCAACAUGUUCGACACCUGUGCGUGCUCAUGGCUACUAAACUCGGGCUAUAUUUAUUACUAAGAUCUCUGACCAAAACUGCUUGUGUUUGUUUUCUUUUAUGUUGCAAUUGUAAUCUCUAGACAACGACCCAAUGGCCCUUACGUCAGACAUGCUUCUUGAUUCUGGUAAAGACAGUUCUACCAAAAUUUAAAGCUUUAAAAAACUA